AUGCUUCGACGUUCCGCAGGGAACAAGCUGGGGCUUCUGAGCUUCCAACCGCUUUCAUAUCGGAGACCACUAUUGUUAUACCCAUACACCGUCCUUCCCCGAUACCAGAGUAACUGGAGUCGCGAUCAUGAACACGAUGCUUUCGAUGGACCCAAUUCCGAACGAAACCGCGAACCGAAAAAUAAUAGAAAACGUGAAGCCGGUACAUUCACAUUGGAUGUGGACACGCUUGGAAAACCAGGACAAAUCGUUGUUGUGCCUUCAAGACGUCGUCGAAUGUUAAAUCGCAAUCGCGACAAAACCCUCCAAAAUGAAUCUAGCGGCACAAUCAGCUCUAUGUUGGAUGGAAUUAAUGAGGAGAGCUCAUCGCCUAGCGAUAAGUCGGUCCAACAGAGAAUUGAAGGGGUUCGUGGAUCAUAUCAACUGGGGCAGACUUUGCCUGCUGCCGACUUCAAGACGUUGUGGUCAAAAUUGGCUUCCUCUUUCACAUACAAGCAAUUGUCCGAGUUUAUCUCAGAAUACAAUCGCAAUAAUGUAAUAGAAGAGAAAGGCUGGACGUGGGGGUCAAGUAACUCCAAAUCGCAGGACAAGUCAUUGGGAAAGACCAAGGGCUCCAGGGGGAAGUCCCGGGCUGCAGAGACGAUCGUUCGGGAUUGUUGGCAGCUGGUGGCUGAGGGCGAGUCUGGCCAGUUGGGAUUCCGCGUUCCCGCACAUUUUAUAUCUUUGCUUCUCCAUGCUGAGCAUUUCUCUUUCCACGAGCUAGCUAGUCUCCAUGGCUGCGGAAUUGAUGUCACACAAUCUGCGGGCCUGGUAUCACUUACUGGCAAGCGAAAUGAUUGUGAGUCUGUUCGCGAGAUUAUCAUUGAUGCCACUGGCAGAAUUCGCGAAGAGGAUGUUGGAAUCAACCCAUAUACCCACGGAGACGGAAUCAAUCAAGUUUUUAGCGCAGAAUUUUUGGAAUGGGUCAACAGUACCCACGGGGUAUUUGUUGAGUACAAAGCACACAGGCCGCCACAAAAGAUUCUCUUUCUUGCCGAGAAUAAGUUGGGAGCGGAUAAUGCGCGGAGGACCUUGAACUUGGCCUUAUCCAACACCACCCCUUCAACGACGCCAUUUUCAACCUAUUUGCCUGCGUCGGAACUCGCCAACCAGAAGCUCAUGCCUCGUGGUUUGAGCAGCAAAAGUCAUGGUUCCGGUGGGCUAUGUCAUCCAUUACUACUCCGGAACAUCGGUCCAGCGGCCGGUUUGCGCGAAUCUGUGACAGCUGUGGUUGGGAAAUGCCUUUUCAUGCAAAGGCCUUCUCUCGAUAAUACAGCUAUCAGUCCGGCACAGUUGGGGCGACUAUCCCUUCCACAGGCUUUUACAGCUGACGUACCUCGGGUGUCGCGUUUCAUCAAAUCACUCAUGCCUACCCGCCCAAAGAAUGAGGCACCGCUAUAUCGACUUCGGUUGUCUCCAACGUCCAACGCAGGUUCCCCACCAGAACUCGAAAUUGAGGCAGCCAUGAACUCGAGUUUGACUGGCAUUGACAUCCUCAGCGUUAAGGCUAUCAUCACUACAAACAGCGUUGACUACCUGCUUCCAGAAAAUGGCCUGGACUUGCGUUUCACACGAACUGUGUCACAAGACCUCUUGUAUAACCCAUCUCCCCACUCAGAACUCCCGCAAAGCUCUUCUGAGCACCUAUUACCCGAGCCUUAUUCCUCGCCACAAAUUCAAGCAAUGCUGCAAAGCCUCAAAUUUUCCCUCGAGGGCUCAAUCGUCAGCAGUGUAUCUUCGAAAGGCCCUGUUCCACUUCCUAUAUUUUGCAACAUCACUCUUCCAUCUGGUCUUGUUCCACAGUCUCCCUCGCAAAGAGUUGAAUCCAAAAAAGUGGACGAAUCGAUGACAGAGAACAGCGUCACUGUCGAAUAUAUGUUCCCUCCACUCACCGACAUUCGAGGUGCCAUUGUCCAAAAAUACGACUUUGACGGGCGGCCACUGGACUACCGGUAUUAUGAGAGCGGUUCGCUGCUCGCUGCUCGGACAAAUGAAGUCUCUCUGGGCAUGGAGAUUCCCCAGACCGACUCUGCCGCAGAAAAUGACCAAUCUGAGCAGCUUGAUCAGGAGUUCCAUUCGUUCUACAACGCGGCGUGUGGCAUGGCAUUCAAAAUCCAUGGUAACAGAUAUGUGGAUUGA